AUGCCCUUGCUUCAGAAUUUGGCCCUUUGUCCAGAAGGCAUUCACUCUGACUCUCAAUUUCUCAUCUGCCGGGUUUGUCAUUUGGGUUUGAGGCGACAGUGUAUACCGUCAACGGCAAUUGCGAAUGAUUUAUACUUUGGGCCUGUCCCUUCAUGUCUUAGCGAUCUUACUUUAAUUGAGGAAGCAUUAAUUGCCAGACGACGUGCAAAAAGUUGGAUUAUUCAUCUGCGUGAUGAUUCUUCUGGUAACUCUCAUGCUACAGGUGCCGCUUUCUCUUCGGCUAAUCCCACCUCUCAAAGAGCGCUGAAAGGUCACAUAAUCGUUUUUCCGGCUAAACCCGAGGCUCUUGCUCCUUUUUUGCUGCCACCCUUGGGAGAAGUGUUAACAGCAAUGUGUGUUGUAUUUGUUGGUUCUAGCAAACCCUCAAAGGAAUGGCUGCUGAACAAUGCGCGUCCUUUAUUAGUUCGGCAUGAGAAAGUGCGCCUGGCUCUAGAGUGGCUAAUUGCCAACAAUCCGUUGUAUGAAGGUGUGAUCCUGCACAAUGAGUCCUUGAUUGAAAUCCCUCUUCACGAUAUAGCUUCAGUCCCCAUUGAGCAGCAUGAGAGCUCUGUUGCUGGUGAUGCCCAAGGUGCACGGUAUGAUGACUUAAUGCCAACAGAUUCCACACUGAAUGGUUUCGCGCUUCACAGUGAGAGUCUUCUACAAGGUGUACUGGUCACAGAUAUUGAUCUGCGUGGUUCAAACUCAGCAGAAAUGGCAGCCGCUGCAAUUCGGCAUCUCAAACGACCCAAUGGUGAAAUCGGAGCGCACAUUCAGGUCGGUCAUUCUGCUGACCCUGUCAAUCAUUACUCUGACCCUCACUUGUUACCGCUUUUAUACCCUACAUUAUUUCCUUAUGGAAUUGGGGGUUUUCAUUUGUCUCGAACCACACCGUUAAGUUUAGAGAAAAUGGUUAAACAC